AAUAUUUAUUUAAGACAUAGUUCUUUCCGGCUUUUUUUAAUUAAUAUUGUUUUCUUUCACUUUGAUGAUUCCGGUUAUCUUCGAGUCCACUACUGAGACCAGGCCGGCAUAUUCCUACUGAUGUUUGAAACUACAAAUUUGCAUCUCAUUAUUCAGUCAUCACCUAUGAGCACAUAUUGAAUAACACAAGGAUCAAGUAUGGUCAGAUCCCAUCACUCGAUCUUCUGCUUUCUUUGGUCAGUUCUUGCCAAUCAACUCGGUUGCGAUGGAAAGGUGAUGAUGGAGUACAUUGGCGCCACGGGAGUGCCUGUGAAGUUCGACUCCGUGCCCAUCGACGAUGGCCUAGAUUUCCACUUCCUACUCGGCUUCGCCAUCGAUGCUGACCCAUCGGGGAAUCCCCGAGAUGGGGUCUUCUCACCCUACUGGGAAUCCACAUUGACCCCGGACUCCGUUGCCUCCAUCAAGCAAAAGCAUCCCAACGUCAAGGUGCUCGCCAGCCUCUCUGGAUGGAGCCUAGGCCCCAAGGUGCUCCGUUGGCGUGACCCAAAAGAUGCUGAAACAUGGAUUUCAAAUGCCUUCUCAUCUCUCAAGUCCUUGGCCAAAACCUACCAUCUCGACGGGAUCGACAUCGACUAUGAGAACUUCCCAAAGCACGGCAACUCGAGCUUUGCCUAUUGCAUCGGCGAGCUGAUCACCCUCCUCAAGAACCAGAGUGUCAUCUCCACUGCGACUGUUGCGCCCUAUCACCUCACCACCGGUCCUUACAUCGAGCUCUUCAAUGGGUACAAGGAUGUCAUUGACUAUGUUAACCAUCAGUUCUACACCGAUAAAUUCAUGACCCCGAAGGGGUACUUGGAGGCAUUUCAGCUCCGAGCCAGUCAGUUCGACAAGGACAAGCUGCUCCCUAGCUAUGAAGUUGACGGGAGAGGGAUUCAAGGGGAUGCGUUUUUCGACUCUCUGAAUCUUCUGCAAGAGAACGGGUUCAAAAUUGAUGGGAUCAUGAUCUUCUCCGCCGACAGGUCUUUGUCGGAUGGCUUUCACUACGAGAGAAAAUCACAGGAGUUCCUACUUAAUUCAACUGGUGUGUGA